UGGAGGGUGGGCUCGGCUGCCUCAGGAAAGGGGUCCUGUAAGGCAGGACACAGGGAAGAGUCGCACCCCCAGCGGACCAGCUGAAGCAGCCGGCCCACGUCGCGGUCCAGUGGCAGAGGCAGUUAUGGCAGGAGAGGCCAAGGGGCUGCCAUCGUGGGCACACUGGUAGCUACUGUGGAUAGGCACUGGGGAGAGAGCUCAUCAAGGUGCGUGGCCCAGGGAGGCGGAAUGAAGACAACUCCCUGGCUGCAAGUGUCGGGGAAGGCAUCCCUCAGUGGGAUUGGCCUCCGCCACACUGCCAAGCGGGACCGAAGGUCUAUCACCUUGCAUGUGAAAUUAGAGGUGCUUCGGAGGUUUGAGGAAGGCGAGAAGCUGACUCAGAUUGCCCGGGCCUUAGGGCUGGCCACUUCUACUGUUGCCUCGAUCCGUGUCAACAAGGACAAGAUCCGGGCCAAUUCUCAGGCAGCCACACCGGUAAGUGCCACACAGCUGACCCGCUGCCGAGGUGUGGUGAUGGGCCAUAUGGAACGCUUGCUGAGCCUCUGGAUCGAGGAGCAAAAGCGGCAGAACCUGCCUAUCAGCACGCUGCUCAUCCAGGACAAGGCCCGACGGCUUUUCGUGCAGCUGCAGCAUGAGCAGGGUAAUGGCACUCGGGCUGAGACCUUUGGGGCCAGUAAUGGCUGGUUUGCCCGAUUCAAGGCUCGCCACAAUGUGCUUUUGACAGAUGAGCCAUCUGUGGCUGACACCCAGGCUGCUGCCCACUACCCCCCAGUGCUGCGCACCAUUCUAGAGGAGGGCUGCUACUCACCACGUCAGGUGUUCAAUGUGGAUGAGACUGGCCUGUUCUGGAAGCGGCUCCCAGAGCGCAUGUUGGCAGCCCUGGAAGGGGCAGCUGGGCCUGGCCUCAAGGCCUCUAAGGACCACCUGACCCUGCUGCUUGGUGGCAAUGCAGCUGGUGAUUUCAAGCUGAAGCCGCUGCUGGUGUACCCCUCAGAGAACCCACGUGCCCUCAAGGGCUGCUCCAAGGCCAGCCUUCCGGUGGUCUGGCGCUCUAACCGCAACGACUGGCUGACACCCAGCAUCUUCCAGGAGUGGUUUACUAGCUGCUUCUGCCCUGCUGUGGAGAGCUACUGUGCCAGCCACGGCCUCCCACACCGUGCCCUGUUGGUCUUGGACGGCGCACCCUGCCACCCUGCUCACCUGGGUGGCCUCUCACCCCAUGUGCGAGUUGAGUUCCUGCCCAAGAACACAUCAGCCCUGAUCCAGCCCAUGAACCAGGGUAUCAUUGCCACAUUCAAGGUGUAUUACCUGCGCCGCAUGCUUAGCCAGCUGGUCCAGGAGACGUCUGGUGAAGAACGACCCUCCGUGCGGGAGUUCUGGCGCAGCUAUACUGUUGUGACUGCUGUGGACAAUAUAGCCAGAGCCUGGGCAGAGUUGCAGCCCGCCACCAUGAACAGUGCCUGGAGGAAGCUGUGGCCCGAGUGUGUGCCUUCUGGUGCUCCUGAGCCGGACACUGUGCCUCAGCUCCGCCGCAGCAUUGUCGCACUAGCCAGCCAUGUGGGCCUUGGAGAUGCAGCUGAGGCCGAUGUUGCCAACCUCUUGCAGGCCCAUGGGGAGACCCCACCCCACGGCCUUCCCCAGGAUGCAGAAGAUGGUGGGGACAUUUGUGGCUCUGGGUUGCCAUGGCAGGCAGAGAAAGGCUCGGUGUCCGGAAAACGAGAGUCAGAUUUCACAGAGGCUGUAGUGGGUGUGGGGACUGAAGAUACUGAUGUGGGUGCUCUGAGCCCUGAGCACCUGGGCCAGGCCCUGUCACACUUUGCUGCUGGUUUACGGGUCCUUCUGGAGAAUGAUCCAAACCGGGAACGCAGCCUCCGGGUGUCUCGGGAUGUCCACUGUGCCCUUGCCCGCCUCUGGGAGCUGCACCGGGAAAAGAGGCGACAGGCCCGGGCAGGUGCAUCCUCAGGAGGGCCCAUGGCAGUGGCACCAAGGGAUUUGGCAGGAAACCUGCCCUUGCCCCACGUGGGGCCCACAGAGGCACGGGCUGAGGCCUGUCCAGAGGACCAGUGGUCUGGAGACCUGCAGAGCUGGCCAAACCCUUCACAGAUGGAGCUCAGGUGAGCUAUGAGUCCUCCAAAGUCAUAGAUGCCACAUCUUGCCUACCACUCCCCCUUUGUGUCACAGGGUACUUGAAUAUUUUUGGUCCCAGCGGGUAACGCAGGGACUUCCCCAGGAGGAGAGAGGGAAUUGCUUAUAGAUGUUGACUGAGCAUACAUGGGAAGGAGGGCAGAUCAGGCAAGGAGCAUGUGUGGCCAGGGUCUCCUGUCAGGUGAGUGGGCCACACCCUGGCCCUCUCUGCCCCUUGACUGUCCUUCUUGGAGCUUCCUGAGAGACUGCAAAGCAUGGGAACUCUUAUAGUUUUCCUGUCCAGAUCUACCCAAGGUGGGCUCAGCAGAUGUUUUUUGUGAGUUAGUGGUAUGUUGGGAACUCUUGGGGGAAUAGCCAGGGUGCUUCACUGUGAAAUUCCAUUGAGAAAGUAGUACAAAGUUGAGCUCCGAGAAAUGCUUUUUCUAAAACAGGGUGCAUGGUCUGCCUUGUGGAAGGAUAUGCAGGAAUUAGGCUUCCCUGGCUGCCUCUGGGACCCUCCCCGGUUCUGCAGUGGCCUGUCUGGGUUAUUUCACCAUGUCCAUGUAUGGUUGAUCCUUAAAUAGCAUGGGCUUGAACUUUAUGAGUCCAUUUGUAUAUGGAUUUUUUUUUUUUUUAAGAUUUUAUUUAUUUGAGAGAGAGUGAGAGAGAGAGAGCACCCAAACAGGG